AUGGAGCCGAGCGGAGCCGAACGGAGCCGAGCCGAGUCGAGCGGAGCCGAGCCGAGUCGAGCGGAGCCGAGCGGAGGCGAACGGAGCGAGCGGCUCCGAGUUGAGCCGAGCCGAGCUGCGCCGAAGAGGCGAAUCCAGCCGAGUCUAGCGGAGAACAGCCGACUUCGGACAGGGUCUGGGGGAUCACCUGGAUACGCACUUGGAUACCUGGAGCAUUGCUCAGAGGAGGUGCCGAGGGACAAACCUUUGUGCCAGGUAGCGGCAGCCAAACAGGGGCUGAAACUGAAGGGGAGAACACAUUUAUUUGCCCUUGUUGAAGUGAGGCGAGCACCUGAGUGUGGCGGAAAUGCAGGAGAACGCGAAAGCAUCGGGGCAGAGCAGCCGCUGGAGGUGCCCGAGCCGUCUCCCCCUUGCCCGCAGGGCCGGAGUUGCCCACCGCCGGCAGCUGACAGGUCCGUGCUGGAGAGUGGGAGAAGGGUCCCUGCUGGCUGCCGUGUCCUGGGUGGGCACAGAGCUCUGACCUUGGCCAGAUGGGCUGUUCGGUUUCUUUCUCACAGGUUUCCGGGUGUUUUGAUCCUGACGUCGCCAAAGCCUCAGGCUUCUCUCCCUGGGCCCUUGCCGUUGCCGUAUCUCUUGGAUGCCGUGCAGAACGGAAUCAGGCAGCCAAGCCUCAGGUUCACCUUCUCCCUCACCCUCUGCGCUGCUCGUGUGGCACAGCAGAUCCUGAAGCCAGAGGAGCACGUGUACAUAAGGGUAAAGAGAUUCCUUCUGUCACACCGGUAUUUGGACCUGAGGAAGGUACCAGGUUUUCUCCAGCUUUUCUACAGUUUUGAUUUUGAGUACAAAACAGCACGAGUGGAUCCUCAGAUUUCUUGGGGAAGGGCUGCGUGACAAACAUUGCUGUGAGCUCUAUGUCUACCAGAGGAUUUUCCGGGUCAUUCUUUCCUUUCUCAGCAGUCCUUUGUGUGACCAGGGCUCCCAGAGUCCUAUUCUGGAGAUACGACAGAGUGCUGCUGCCCGUGUCACCUCUAGAGCUGCCCAUGAGCCGAUAGAGGAUCACAGCCUCCUCUCGUGGGUCCUGCACGGCUUAGAGAAAAGGUAACCAGCCAAGUACGGGAGACAUGGGGACAAUUUCCUGUCCACGGCUGAAGAAUGACGUGGCUGAGGAUGAAAGCAAGGGGGACAGACCUGGAGACGGGGGCACCGAGGGCUGCACUGGCAGAACUUGCUGAACGCUGAGGUGUCCCUUGUGUUUUUGAGAAGAGAAUCAAGAGGCUUUCAGGUGGUGGUGGGAGGGACGAUGGUGGGGGGGCUGUGUGAUUUGGGAAUCACUUCCUUGACAAAGCAAAAGGACACCUUGUGCUGGUGUCUUUAGCUUUGAAAUUUCAAGCAGCCUCAGUUCCCAUCCUGUCACAGGACCUGCUGCACAGGAAGUGGCACAGUAAUGGAUUUGAGCUGUCUAGAACGUUACUUCUCCUCCCCUUGCCUCUCCCUGACAAAAAAAAUCUCUUCUGCAAGCACAGAGUGCCCUGACAGGUUCAGGCAAGUGCACCAAAAGUGCCCUAGAAUAUGGUCCCCCGUAGGAGAUGGACCAGCUGCUGGUGAGGAUCUGCCUUUCAAAUGUGGUUUUCUUUUCUUUUUUUUCUUUUUGUUCUGUUUCAUUUUGUUU